CUUUUCGGCAUCCCAGGAACUACAAACGCGCAGCCGCAGUUGGCUGACCUUCUGUGGUACUGAAGCAAGCAUGGCGACCAGGGCGCUGACUAAAGGUCUUUUGGGGCUACGACACUCACGGGCUGUUACGGUCGGAUACUCCUGUGGUGGACAUCACUAUGCCGCUGCAGCGUCCAUCAAACCACCUCCACCCCAAGUUGACCACGAACAAAUCAUAAACAAGCCGCUCGAGAAGCCGGACUUCUUCCGUGUGUCUGAGCUCGUCUCGUUGAAAGACCUGUUCCACGCCAGAGUGCAUCUUGGUCACAAAAAAGGUUGCAGGCACAGGCUUAUGGUGCCUUAUCUCUAUGGCUGCCGUUUGGAUCAAGAUAUAAUUGAUCUGGAUCAGACUGUGGAGCACCUUCAGCAAGCCCUGAACUUCACUGCCCAUGUAGCGUAUCGUGGCGGAAUCAUACUGUUUGUCAGCCGCCGGCGUCAGUUUGGCCACCUGGUGGAGAGCACUGCUAAGGAUUGCGGGGAGUACGCCCACACGCGGUACUGGCACGGCGGCCUCCUUACCAACUCCUCCAUCCAGUACGGCAAAGGAGUCCGCUUACCAGACCUCAUCAUCUUCCUUUCUACCCUCAACAAUGUGUUUCAGCAACACUUGGCAAUCAGAGAUGCAGCAAAGAUGAACAUACCCACUGUGGGUGUGGUGGACUCUAACUGCAACCCCAGCCUGGUGACGUACCCCGUGCCUGGGAACGAUGACACUCCAGCUGCCAUGGAGCUGUACUGUCGCUUAUUCAGGACGACUAUCAACCGUGCCAAGGAAAAAAGGAGACAGAUGGAGAUACUGCAAGGCCUGUCGGCAUCAUCCACACCGAGCUCGUGACAUAACAUGUUCUUAAAUAAGAGACAUUAGAAAGGCAUUUAUGAAAAGUCAAGACCGUCUGCUGCUCCCCCUUUAUCAUCCGUCUGCAUUUGGGAAAGAUCUGACGCUGGUGUUUUGGACUGACUUCUGUUAACUCAAUUUGUGUGUACAAUCAUGAAUCCUGUUUCUGUGACAUGGUCUUCUGGUUAUAAUUUAACAUUGUUCUAUAAAAACUGCUAUAAAAAAACGUGUUAUUGUUGUAAACAUAUUAGUGGUCAAAGGUUGUAGAACAUGACCCAAAUAAUAACUACACCCUCGAACUGA